CUUUCUCUCUCUCUCUCUCUCUCUCUCUCAACCCAAAAUCUCUGUUUUUUGGUAACCCAGAAAUCCAAAUCCAAGUCUCGGACUCUCGGCCAUCAAACCCAGAAACUGAGCGUUAAUACCCAUUGUCGUUAACCUCCCCACACUUCUCACUUCUCCCCUAAUAUUGCCCUCAAACUCCGAUUUCUUUCACAAACUACCCCCCACCAUCGGUCUCUAUCUUCUGCAAACUACCCCGCCAUCCCUCUCUAUCUACCACUCUACCACCCAUGGACCAAAUCAUCAGUGUCAUACGACGAUGCUUGCCUUUCUGCUUUCCACUGCCAGAAUCCGAAGACCAAAACGAGGCCUCCCAGGUUGUCGAAGAACAAAACGAAGACGUCCGGUCAAGCUCAAGCACAACAAGUACCUCCUUUUCCAAACCUCAUUGGAAUUACGACGUCUUCCUAAGUUUCAGUGGUAAAGACACCCGUAAGAACUUCACCGAUCACCUCUACUCCGCCUUGGAGGGAGUCGGAAUUCGUACCUUUCGAGAUGAUAAAGAGCUUCAAAGAGGAAAGCCCAUCUCUACUGAACUACGCAAUGCGAUUCAUGGAUCGAGAAUUUCCAUUGUGGUUUUUUCCAAAGACUAUGCUUCUUCCUGGUGGUGCCUUGAUGAACUUGUGGAGAUCGUGAAUUGUAAGAAUACCAUAGGCCACACUCUUCUUCCAAUAUUUUAUCAUGUGGCCCCCUCGGAUGUUCGAAAACAGAUUAGAACUUUUGCAAAAGCCUUUUCUAGGCAUAAAAAGCAGUUUGAUAUGGAGAGGAUAAAGAGUUGGAGGAAAGCCCUUACUGAAGCUGCGAAUUGUUCUGGUUGGGAUCUCGAAAGCGUUGCAAAUGGGUAUGAAUCGAGAUUCAUCAAAGAGAUUGUUGAAGAAGUUUUGUGUAAAGUGAACCCCGCUCACUUGGAUGUUGCCAAACACCCAAUAGGAAUGGGGUCUCGUGUUCGUCAUAUUAAAGAUUUAUUAAAUCUUGGAACAAGUGAUGUUUGCAUUCUGGGUAUUUACGGAAUGGGUGGAAUGGGUAAAACAACCCUAGCAAAAGCUGUCUAUAAUGAAAUAUGUGUUGCAUUUGAAGGAAGUAGUUUUCUUCCAAACAUUAAAGAAAGUUUAGAAAAGCCCAGUGGCUUAGUUCAUUUGCAGGAACAACUUCUUAAUGAUAUCUUGAAGAAGAAUUUGAAGAUUGGUAAUGUUGAUAGAGGAAUCAAUAUAAUUAAGGAAAGAAUUCAUGGAAAAAAGUUUCUUGUUAUUCUUGAUGAUGUGGAUGACUUUGAAGAACUACACAAAUUAGUUGAAAAGCAAUGGUUUGGUCCAGGAAGUAGAAUCAUUGUAACAACUAGAGAUGAGCAGUUGCUUACUCAACUUGAAGUACAUAAAAAAUAUAAGGUUGAAGAAUUGAAUAAUUGGGAGUCUCUUCGACUUUUCUCCUAUCAUGCCUUUGGGAUGGCCCUUCCAAUAAAUGAUUAUCAGGAGCUUUCGAUUAGUGCAGUGAAGUAUUCAGGAGGACUUCCAUUAGCUCUUGUGAUUUUGGGUUCUUUUCUCAAAGGAAGAAGCAUUGAUGAAUGGAAAAGUAAAUUGGAAAAACUACAAAGUACACCUCAUGACAAGAUUCAAAAAAUACUUAGAAUAAGUUUUGAUUCACUGGACAGUUCUACCAAGGACAUAUUCCUUGAUGUUGCAUGUUUCUUUGUCGGUAUAGACAAAGAGUAUGCUAUCAAAAUACUCGACGGGUGUAAUUUCUCUCCAGGGAUUGGUAUUCCUAUUCUCAUUCAGAUGUCACUUGUGACAAUUGAUUACCAAAAUAAGUUGAAGAUGCAUAAUCUGAUUCGAGAUAUGGGAAGAGAAAUUGUACGUGAAGAGUCACCCAAACAUCUUGGAAAACGCAGUAGGUUGUGGUUUCACAAGGAUGUCUCAAAUGUACUGGACAACCGUACGGGAUCAAAAACAGUUGAGGGUCUCAUCUUAAAUCUCCCUGUACUUGAAGAUGUGCAUUUGAAAACUAAAGCAUUUUCGAAUAUGAAGAAUUUGAGAUUGCUCCAAAUCAAUUCUGUAUAUCUCACAGGAUCUUAUGAACAUCUCUCUAAAGAACUAAAAUGGCUUUGUUGGCAUAAGUGUCCUAUGGAAUCUCUACCACAGGAUUUUCAUCUGGAGGACCUUGUUGUUCUUGACAUGCAGAAUAGUAAUGUCGAACAAGUUUGGAAGACAAAGAAAAGAUUCAAUAAGUUGAAGGUCCUUAAUCUCAGCAAUUCCAAAUAUCUCACCAAAUCACCAGACUUCUCACAAGUCCCACAAUUGGAGAUACUAAUACUUGAGGGUUGCACAAGCUUGGUUCAAGUUCACGAGUCCAUUGGAUAUCUCAAAGGACUUGUUUUGCUGAAUUUACAAAGAUGCAAGAACCUUAGGAAUCUUCCGAGCACCAUUUCUAACUUACAAUCUCUUGAAACUCUUCUCUUGUCCAAGUGUUUUAAUCUUCAAAAGUUACCAGAGCAAUUAGGGCAUAUGACGGCUUUGACGAAGCUAUGUGUGGAGAACAUUUGUAUUAAGCAAUUACCAUCAUCAUUUAUCCUUUUGAAGAAUCUCGAAACUUUAUCAUUACGUGGAUGUGAUAGUCUCAUCGAAUCACCGGAGUUCUUACAAACCUCAAGUUUAAAGGAACUGGUACUUGAAGGUUGUACAAGCUUGGUUGAAGUUCAUGAGUCUAUUGGGCUUUUGAAAAGACUUAUUUACCUAAAUUUAGGUGGAUGCAAGAAGCUUAGGAGUCUUCCAAGUAGCAUUUCUAACUUAGAACUUCUCGAAACUCUUGAGUUGUCUGGCUGCUUAGAACUUGACAAGUUACCGGAACAACUGGGGAGUAUGAUGGCUUUAACGAAGCUGUGUGCAGACAACAUUGCUAUCAAGCGACUACCAUCCUCGUUUAGCCUUUUGAAGAAUCUCGAAACUUUAUCAUUACGUGGAUGUGAUUGUCUCAUCGAAUCACCGGAGUUCUUACAAACCUCAAGUCUAAAGGAACUAGUACUUGAAGGUUGUAUAAGCUUGGUUGAAGUUCAUGAGUCUAUUGGACUUCUAACAAGACUUCUUUACCUAAAUUUAGGUGGAUGCAAGAAGCUUAGAAAUCUUCCAAGUAGCAUUUCUAACUUAGAGAUUCUUGAAACUCUUGAGUUGUCUGAUUGCUUAGAACUUGACAAGUUACCGGAGCAAUUAGGAAAAAUGAAGGCUUUAAAAUGCUUGCACGCAAACAGAAUUGCUACUAAGCAACAACCUUCCCCCGGAGUUAUAUCAUUAUCUGGAUGUGGAAGACCAUCCUCAUCAUCGUUGUCGCUCGAAAGCUCCAGCCUCAUAAGUUUGUUACCUUCCAUUUCAGAAAUAUGUGCUUUGACAAACCUGACACAGCUAGUUCUUGAUGGGUGCAAUUUGUCUGAAGAUGAAUUUCCCAUUGAAUUUGAAUGUUUAUUUUCACUCAUGGUGUUGGAUUUAUCAAGAAACAAUUUUCGUAACUUGCCUAGUUCUAUUUGCCGUCUUCCUGGAUUACGGGAUUUAUCUGUGCAUGAGUGUACUGCUCUUCAAUCAAUUUCAUUCCGCACAAGUGUACCGAAUUUGGGAGCAAAUGGCUGCACAUCAUUGGAAAGAAUCUUAAUUUGGACGAAUGAGAAUUCAGGAUCUUUUUACCUUCAUAAUUGCCACAAGUUGAUUGAGAUUCAAAGGUUGAAGAGAUUGCAAUCUGGAUCAAGAGUUGUUAUGGGAAGGUGCAACAAUCUAUCACCUGCUUUUAGGGAGAGUGUUCUCCAGAUGAUGUGCAAGGCACCUGGCGGUUGUUUCCUUCUCAUCCCCGGAAGUGAGAUUCCAAGUUGGUUUGGCCAUCAGACAAUUGGUUCUUUAAUAUCCUUUCGUGUACCUUGGUUUUUGAGUAAAAUUGGCAAGGUGCUUCUUUGUGUUGUUUAUGCAGCAGACAAGGAAGUAUCGAGAGACUCAGGUAAUUGGGCUUGGAGAUUCUGUAAUAAAACUAGGAACCCCACCAAGUACUUCAGGUCAACGUGCACACUGUGGAACAACAUUGUUCAUAGCUGUGAAGAUCAUAUAUUUGUACAGGUGAGGGAAUUGCAUGAAAAUGAACUUGAGAUGAAAAGUGGAGACGAAAUAGAGCUAUUCGUCAAGGUACUCCUGCAUGAAGGGAUGAAGUGUGAAAUACAAGUGAAGAAGUUGGGAAUUCAUUUACUAUUUGACGAGCUAAAUGUUAUAGAUGAAGCUGAAACUAAAAGUGCACCAAGACUGUACAUGUAUCAAACGAUGGGUAUAGGCACUAGAUAUAUCCUUUGAUGCUGUUAGAAUAUUAUUGUAUAUUCAAAAAUACUAACCUGUAUUGCCAUAUUUAUGACGGCAUAUUUUUGUAAUAUUCUCAAUAUAUUAUGAAAAUAUUCUCCACAUGUUA